AUGGAGCGCAGCCGUAGCCGCAGCCCGCGGGCAGCUGCGCACUCAUUCGAAGCCGCCACAUGGAACGUCGCCGCUGUCAACAACAACCCCUUUGAAUAUUGGCUCAGCCACUCCGACGCCGCCUACAACGAGCUCAUGGGACAAGUGGAGCGCUUCAUCGACACGCCCGGCGACGGCGAUGUUCCCGUUUCAGAGGUCUUUCCGGUGGCGUUCUUCGAGGAGCUGCGUGGCCUUAUGGAGGAGGAGGGAUGGCAAGGCCUUGAGAAGGUCACAUCGCUUUGGGAGUCGGACUUCUCAAAGAGGAAGAUCAUGUCGGGCGUGCUGAAGGCGAAGGAGCUCGGGGAGAAGCGCCUCUGUUCCAUGCCGGAUCGCCUCACCAAUACCAUCAAUGUGGCCUCAGGAGAGGCCGCCUUUCGACCGACGGUAAUUAAUCACAGCGUGGAUAGCUUAACUUCGGUGGCUGAAUGGUGGAAGCACUGGAAGAAGUUUAUGUUCAAGCAGGCUCUUGAGAUCCGAACUGGCAAGGAUGGGAGCAUGAAGAAGAUGCGGCCAUGUGAGAUGUUGUCAAAAAUCAAGAAGGCCAAGUAUCCAGCCAUCACAGAAGAAGAGGAGGCCAUCUCGGUGCCACUCCAGUGCUUAUGCCUUGCGAUCUUCGACGCCAUCCUUGUACACAUGUUGAAUCGCCUGUCCCCAAAAUGCCACUGGCUGCAGAUCAAGGACUCCAUUUGCAACGCCACCUUUCGCGAGAAAGAAACCCGCACCACCAGGAUCCUUGAACGUUACAAGGGGUGCUCCGUGAUUUGCCUGCAGGAGGCAUCGGCAGCCUACUUGCACAAACUGCAGAGCAGCUGUCUGGCCCAGACGCAUCACGUCGUGAUUCCAGAGAAGCUGGACGCCCAAAGGGAUCAAAAUUCUGCUCUGCUGCUGAGCCGGGCUGCGUUCUGCCAGGGCUACCAGGAGAUCACCAGUGAUGCUGUGGGCGCAGUCGAGGGCAGUACACACGUCGAGGUCGGUGAUCUUAUUGCAGUGCGUGCAGUGCAUAGUUCUGGCCGACGCUUUGUCUUGGCUUCCUUCCAUGGAGACACCAAUGGUAAGGCGACCGCUCCUGUGCUUAGGGCUCUGGUGCGAGUCCUGUCGCAAGACUUCUUGUUGCUUGGCCUGGAUGCAAACACCUACCUACGAGGCAGUGCGACACACUACGGCGUGAAGGACUUUCUGCAGGAGUGCCAAAGUUGUGGGCUGAACAGCUGCUGGCCUGAGGGUGUGGAUAUGGCCAAGUGCCUCACCACCUGCCACGCGCGCACCUUCCUACAGCCGCAGCUGAACAAGGGCUGUCCUAGUGCAAAAAAGCUGGAGAUGGGUGACGUCAACCCCAAGGACCACAUCAUCUUCAGCCGGCAGGCAUUCGAUCUUGUCAAGGUGAUAAAGGACAACACGGGCCACGGGGAGUACAUGGAAGGCGUGUGCUUUCCCUCGCUCGAGUUUCCCAGCGACCAUGGGCUGGUAGCUGCCACACUGAGCCCGAAGCUCUGA